GCAGCUCGGUUCAAAGACAAGAGCCUCUCAUUCUGUGCUUUCUCUCUCUGAGCUAGCAGGGUAGAAACGUACCUGAGGAUCGGCCUUCCUUUCCGACCCAGCUCUCCAGCGAGGUUCUCCCUUAACUACUCUCAGAAGUGAAGGGAGUUUGAGUAUUCUGAGAAACCAAUGAAAAUGUCCGGCGGCGCGCAAAGGAAUAAUAAAGGAUCCGAGAGGAAUUGUUUUCUUUCCUGAAAACUUGUGGGUGGGGGAUCUUGGAGUUGGAGUUUGAUUUUGUUUUCAUAUUGGUUUGUUGUUAAUGGAAAGUGGAGGAGUUUUCUCUUACUAUUCACUUAAGCGGACCCCGAUUUUUUCAAUGUGAGUUGGCAAACCCACAGGACACGUGCCUGACGUAUCCUGAAGGACUGAGGAAAGAGACCCUCUAAAAAGCCCGAAAAGAAACUUGGGAGAGCCCAGAAAAACUCCGCUUGGUCAUUCCUAGCCAUGCUUUGUCUGGAGAAAACUUGCAGAGUCAUUGAUAAGAACAACUAAGUGCCUCCCGGGGACGAUGUCUCUAAUCCCCAGUAACUUUUCCAUAAAUGGGACAAAUCCAGGGAUGGAAAGUCCUAUGAAGGACCCGACUCCCAGCCGACCAAGAACUUUAACUGUCUUCUUCCUCUGCUUAACGUUUAUGAUGACCAUCACAGCGCUAGUGGGAAGCAUUUAUUCCUUAGUUUGCCUGCUUAAAAUGCCCAACAAAACCGUGCUAUCGAUGAUGGUAGCUUCUUGGUCAGUGGAUGACCUGAUCAGUGUCCUGCCCAUGACCAUCUUUCUGUUCCUGCAGUGGCCAAAAGACAGUCCCGGGGACUCCCAAGCGCUGUGCGCCACGUCGGCCUUCCUCUACCUGUUCCAGGGUAUCUCCAGCAAUCUCAAGGCGUCCGUUAUAGUUUGCUACAACUUUUACACGCUGCACAGAAGUGCGGCGAGCCCCGGGACGGGCAGCCAGCCCCGCGCUCUGCUCGUCGCCCUGCUCACCAUCUGGGUGGCUAGCCUGCUCAUCUGCACUCACCCCCUCUGGGGCUGGGGUGCCUUCGACCGCACGCCUUGGGGGUGCCUGGCGGACCGGAACAGCUCCCUAUUGAUCUUGGUAGUCUAUUCGCUCAGCUUUUGUGUUCUGGCUGGAUUCUCCGUCCCUCUCACUUACCAGCUGUUGUGCUCCGACCAGCUGCCUGGAUUUCAAGUCAAUUACCAGGAAAUCUCUAGAGGAGGAGGCUUCACGCCGUGCACCCCUCCGUCCGGGGGCAGUGCCCUCCCCGCAACCCCCGAGGAUCCCCGGACCCCAACAGGGCAGUUCUACAGGGGACCAGGGAGCACCCUGAGCUCGGAGGCUGCCUUCGGACUGCCUCCGCCGGCAGGGCGGGGACCCAGGACAGGGGCCGAGGCAGGGGCCGAGGCAGGGGCCAGAGAUUUCAGGGGGCCUGGACUGGAGACCCGGGGCGUGCAGCGCAGCAACCGGAGCUUCACUGUGAGCAUGGCCCAGAAGCGAUUCUCCUUGAUUCUGGCGCUGACCAAGGUCGUCCUUUGGCUUCCAAUGAUGAUCCACAUGGUGUCUCGGCACACCCCGGAGUUCCAGAGCCUCCCUUUCGAACUUUUCUGCUUUCUGCUGACCACCCUGGCGGCCACCGUGACCCCAGUGUUCGUCUUGUCCGAACGCUGGACCCACCUGCCCUGUGGCUGCAUCAUUAACUGCCCGAGGAACGCUUACGCUGUGGCUUCUGAGGAGACCAAAACUAAAAGUAAAGGCUUUGAAUUCAACUUAUCAUUCCAACACAGUUAUGGCAUUUAUAAGAUUGCCCAUGACAAUCAUUAUGAUGAAGAUGAUGAUGAAAACUCCAUAGCAUAUCGCAACUUGAUGGACUAUGAGAACGAAACCCUAAGAGACACACAGAAGGAUACCAGCAACUUUCUUCAUGCCAUAAAAGUAGAAUUCAGCACCAUAUCUUCUCCGGACAGCUCCAAGCUGCCAGAUAACAACAAAAGCACAAAUACAGUUAGCAUUGAGACAAAGCAGGAUUCUGACAGAGACAAGACCAUUGAGCAGGUGUUAAAUGACAAGACAGAAGUAUUUGUAACAGAAGAUGCCAGAAACUUUGAAAAAUCUACCUUUUUGGAAGGGCCAGAAAGAAGGCUUUCCCAUGAGGAGAGUCACAAACCAGAGCUUUCAGACUGGGAGUGGUGCAGAAGCAAAUCUGAAAGGACUCCUCGUCAGCGAUCUGGUGGUGCUCUCGCUAUUCCUUUGUGUGCAUUUCAAGGGACUGUGUCUCUGCAUGCCCCCACAGGGAAGACUUUGUCUCUCUCCACCUAUGAGGUGAGUGCAGAAGGGCAAAAAAUAAGCCCAGCAGCCAAGAAAAUCGAAGUCUAUCGAUCCAAGAGCGUGGGCCAUGAGCCAAACCCGGAGGAUUCACCCACUACUUUCCCAGACACCAGUGUCAAGAUCCAUUUGGAAGUGUUGGAAAUCUGUGACAAUGAGGAAGCCAUGGACACUGUAUCCAUCAUCAGCAACAUCAGCCAGUCCUCCACCCAAGUCAGGUCUCCAUCUUUACGCUAUUCCCGGAAAGAAAAUCGCUUCGUUUCCUGUGAUUUGGGAGAGACAGCCUCUUACUCCCUCUUCAUCCCCACAAACAAUCCUGACAGUGACAUCAAUAUAUCCAUUCCAGACACCGUGGAGGCUCAUAGGCAGAAUAGUCGGAAGCAGCAUCUGGAGAGAGAUGGCUAUCAGGAAGAAAUCCAACUAUUAAAUAAAGCUUACAGGAAAAGGGAGGAAGAAGGCAAUGGAAGCUAAGAGCUGUCCAGGGUCAGGGAACCAAAUGCUCCACCUGACUUCUAAGUCAAUGACUUUUCUAAGUCAAUUUUGAUUUGUUUGUCAGCUAAUUCAUCCAUAGCUUCAGGCAUAACUCAUCUCAUGGAAACCACUUUUUGUAGUAGAAGAGCAUCCAGUGGGCUAUCUGUAGUCUUUUAGCCCUUUGAUAAUGACAAGAUUUUGUUCCUAGAUGAUUGCUGACCAUCUUUCCCUCUCAUAGUUCUUUUGGGGUUCCUCUUCCAAUUAGGAGCAACAGGCAAAAGUUGCAUAGAGGGGGCAGCUAGGUGGUGGAGUGGAUAGAGCAAUGGCCCUGGAGUCAUGAGGACCUGAGUUCAAAUCCGGCCUCAGACACUUAAACACUUACUAGCUGUGUGACCCUGGGCAAGUCACUUAACCCCAAUUGCCCCUCAAAAAAAAAAGUUGCAUAGAGAUAAAUUAAAGAUUGACAAGUCAGGAAAAACUCAUUAACCAUUGAAACUCUUCCAAAGUAGAAUAAAGUCUAUCUCCAGGGUGGUGGGACCAAUCUCUCUGGAGACCAUAGAACCAGAGGUCUUGAAUUGGAAAGUAUGUCAGAGGUAAUUUACUCAAAACCCUUUGUUUUAAAGAAGAGGAUAUUAACCCACAGAAUCAGAGUAUCAAAGCCAGGUGUUAAUCUCAGGUGCUCUGACUCCAGACCCUUUCUAGUGGUUUUGAACUAUGGCUGGUGGGGAUGAGUUAUGGAGAAAUCAUAGGUGGAAGACAUUUUGAAGGUCAUCAAAUCUAGCACUCAUUUAACAGAUAAGGAAACUAAGGCACAGGGAGAAUGAUUUGCCCAAGGUCACAUUGCUGGUAAAGAUUUGAAGUAGGAUUUGAACCCAGGUCUUCCUGACUCCAGGUCCAGUGCCCUGUCCAUUAUGAUACACUGCCCCUCAACAAACAAGAUUAUUGUUCAUCCACAAAUAGCCCCUUCCAACUGUGAGAGUCUGUGGACUGCCUACUCCCUUCUCAUUGCCUUCCCUUAGAUUUAUUGAGUCUCUACUUAUGUGCCACCAUUAGCUUUCCCUAAUUCCCUCCUGCCCCAGUUGUUACUGCUCUCUCCUCCAUCAAAUGUUCAUGUUUAUAUUCAUCUGUAUACAAGUUAUAUUAACCCCCUUUCACUCCCAGUAUAACAUAUCUGCCAAGAACAUAUUCCACUGAAGAAAGUCGCCCAAUCCAGGCCAGAGACUGUUUUGGUUUUGUCUUCAUAACCCCUAAAUUCUGGCCCAGUAGCUUGCUUAUAAUCGACACUUAAUAAAAGCCCAUUGUAUUUGAGUGGAUUAAGUGAUUUCCUCAGAUCACCCAAAACCUGUAGGAAUGGCCUGAGAUUAUUUCUGGACCAAGGUUCCAAAAUAGGGCGUGGCCUCCCCCUACAGUUCCAUAAAACAAAGAGGAUGCCUUUUGGGAAUUGCUACACCAGAAACAGAAAGCAUAUGAUAAAAUUCUGGGUUGAAUUUGGAGAUCAGACUAAAUUCAUAUGGAAUUCAAGCCCAUUCCUACAACCCCUUAGUUAUUCCGUCAUGUUAAGAUACACUCUCUCCAUGUGUGCAUCCUUGCUGGAAAACAGGAAACCCAUAUUGGGUCUGGGGAGCUAACAUUUAAGCAUGUACUUUUCCUUCCCCUGGAAAAUCUAGUUCUGGCAUCUCUAGAAAAUGCAAACCCCUUCCUGAGCCCCACCCCUUCUCCUCUUCUUUUCCCCCUUCAUAAAUAAGAAAUUGUUUGUUAUGGUAUAUCCUUUCAAGUUUAAGCUGUUAUUUCUGGCAGUCAAUGAUCUCUUCCUUAAGAGGCCCCAAAAAGAUUGCCAAAAAGUUCCAAGUGUGCACUGAGCUAUCACUAGGCUUUACGUAUUUAUUUGGUGGGAUACUUAGCAGAAAGGAAUUAAAAAUUCUGCCUCACACAUUGCUUGAAGACCAUGUUCUGAUGAUAGCCAGAAGGAUCAUUUUUCUGAGUGAUAUUCAUGGGUGAAAGGAGAAUGACUGUGUUAGCUUCCCAAAACCCAAAUGAUUGUUUGCAAAGUAGCAGAUCUAAAAAACUGACUCCUUAGAAAAUGAAGUUCUGUUAGAAGUAGGUUCCUUUAGGAUUUUCUUCCUGGAAAAAAUGAGUCAUAUGCUGAGAAACUAUUCCUUCACCUUGUUAAUUGUGGCCAUAGGCAGUACAUUUCAGGUGAUGGUAGAUUCAUUAGAUCACACCCAUGCAGAGAUUUGUCAGCUCAGUAUCACUGGCACCAUGUAAUAUUAUUCUUGUAUAUGUAUAAUAAUGUUAAAUAGGUUUUCUUCAAAAUAUUUCACUAAAACCAUUAUGUAAAUAUUUGCUUAAGUGUCCAGCUAAAUGUCCAUUCUAAUGUCCAGUGAAGCUUUUUUCUAAAAACCAUUGAAAUGGGACCAUUUGAUGUGGUUUGAACACAUGCAUGUUUAUUUACAAGUUCAAAGUGAAUUUUCUACCAGAAAGCUUUAUUCUAGUUUUUGUUACUUGGAGCUAUGACAUGAAAGUAUAUGAAAACAAGCUCCAAAACAGUUUGAUCAUUGUUUCCCACUCUUUUAAAAAGCCCUUCCAAAAUAAUGUAAAUGUUCCAGUUGUUAUCUCUUGCUCUCUCAUUUUAAUUCUCCAUGUCUAACUUUCUAAGAAUGUAAUAUAAUUAUAAUACCUUCAAUAAUGUUUGUAAAGAAAUCCUGGGGUAAGUCAUAAUAUAUAGAUUCAAAUUAAAGACUGUGAAUCUCACUCUACUUAUUUGAAAAAUUAUUUUAAAAAUUACUAUAUUGCUCAAAAUCAUGGGAGUACAACACCCCCAAGUGAAUAAGCCAAUUGGUUGCUUCAAACCAGUGGUUCAGCCUCAGAAGAGUAUGUGAAGUUUAAAUGACAGGCUUAUAAUGUUCAACUUGUUUCAAAUUGUUCAAAAAAAAGAAAGACAACUCUUAAAAUACAAAAUCAGUCAGCAAGGUAACCUACCAGAAAUCAUGGUCAGCCUAGGGGCCUAGUUAACCUUCCAAUGGAAGGCAAAGAAGUUCUCAUCAGAAGUCUGUACAUUUGAGCAGACAAGGGAAGUUGAGCCCAAACAAAGGACAAUGUAUGUUUCCUCUAUGAGUUCAAUAUUGGUCGACAUCCAGUUAUGUGACUAAAUUCUUUGUGUUGAGGUUUAAUUUGGUCUUACAUUUUACCCAGAACAUCAUCAGUAGCUAUUUUUAUCCAUAAGAUACAAAUUUUCUUCCCCUAUGGUAAUUCAAAAUAAAUUAAUUUAAAAUGUCCAGAACUGCUGAUAUUCUUAUAUAUAUAUGUAUAUAUGUUUAAAUCAGAGUAUUUACAAAUGUUUUUAGAAAACAAACACUGCUUCUAACAUUCCAAACCACAAACUGGAAGGAAAGUUUGUCCUACAGUAAAAACCUACCAGGACCACACCUGGAAGGAUGUACCAGAAACGUAGAAUUCCAGAAAAUCUUCAUAGGAGAGGGGGAAGGAAAGCUAGUUUGUCAUCCAGUGGUCAAGCUGCAAGUACACACUUACAUGCUUAGUGUCAGAAGAAUUAAAAGGAAGUAUUGGAAGUGAUGGGAAGCCCACUGAAACACACAGCUUAUUGUUUAUUUUUCAAUCGCUCCACAUCUUAUUAUCCUUUUUUUUGUUUUGUUUAGUUGAUUUUUUUGUUGUUGUUGUUUUUUGCAGGGCAAUUGGGGUUAAGUGACUUGCCCAG